GUGCAAUGAUGCAAUAUAUGCCUACAGAGAUAAUAGGCAAGGUAGGUCCAGAAGAGGUACCAGAUAUUCAAACUAUUGCGCCAAAUGCAGAAAUAGGCUAUAUGCUCGAAGUAGACUUAGAAGUUCUGGCACACUUACAUGACUUCUUUGCAGAUUAUCCUUUAGCGCCAGAAAAGCAGAUAAUUCUGGAAAACUGGCUUAGUUUAUACAAUGAAAUAUUAGUGCAUGAUAAAAAUGUUGGAGAAGAGAAAUAUGUAUCUGGAGAAAAGCUAGUUCAGACCCUUUUUACUAAAAAGAAUUAUAUGGGGCUUUUGCUAGAAAAAUCACA